GGGCGGAACUACUGAGGGUUUGGUCGCUGGGUGACGCUGGUCUGUGCGCAUGCGCGGUGUAUUCUAGUGACAGCCUUACUAAGGGCAGCCGGGCGCUAUGGCAGACGUCGAAGAAACUUUAAAGAGGAUCCAGAGCCAGAAGGGCGUACAGGGGAUUAUUAUUGUCAACUCGGAGGGAAUUCCCAUAAAGAGCACCAUGGAUAAUGCCACCACCGCACAAUAUGCAGGCCUAAUGCAUCAGUUAGUGACAAAGGCCAGAUGUUCAUUGCGGGAUAUUGACCCCCAGAAUGACCUGACAUUCCUCAGGGUCCGAUCCAAGAAGAAUGAAAUUAUGAUUGCUCCAGAUAAAGACUACAUAUUAGUUGUCAUCCAGCAGCCUUCAGAGUGAUCACCCCGACAGAUGCUCACCUUCCUCAUCCCCUUGUUAUAUAUUCCUCCCAUGUCGCUUGGAUAUGGCCCUGCUUGGUGUAAAGCUGGAGACGCAGAAUGAAGACUUAGGCCUACAGAUCUCACCCAUGUAUCUACUGCCUGCUCUCCUGGACAACGCUGCAAGGAGGAACCAUAUACACGAAGAGCAUCCUACCCAGGCCCAUAUAGAAAGCUGCCCGAGGGAUGGGAUUGCAUACAGACUUUAACCCAAUUAGAUCAUUCAUGUCAUGAAUUCUUCCUGUCUUCUUCCAUUUUCUUUCAGCAGCCAUUAUGACACCGUAAACUGUUUUAUUUGCAAACCUUUUUGCCAAGUCAUUGCAUUGAUUUUUUUCACCCGUUGCAGCAAAAUCGUGUAAUAUGUAAUCUGCAUUAAAUCUACAAUAAUUGUA